AUGUUGAAAAUCUCAAAAAGUUCAAUUAGUUCAAUUAAAAGAAUAACAGGUCAUUCUCCUAAUACAAUAACAAGUUAUAUAAAUUUUUUACGUGAGUUAGUAAUUGAUACUUUAAAGGAUAAACCAAAUAAAAUAGGAGGUAAAGAUGUAAUUGUACAAAUUAAUGAAUCUAAAUUUAGUAAGAGAAAGUAUAAUCAUGGAAGACGAGUUAAUAGAGUUUGGGUUAUUGGUGGUAUUGAAAUCAUUAAAGAAAAAAGAUGUUUUUUGAUUAUGAUAAAAAAAAGAAAUAUUGAAACAAUUCAAAAAAUUUUAAAGGAAUAUAUUGAACCAGAAUUAAUAAUCUAUACAGAUGAGUUAAAUGUUAAACAUAAAACCGCAAAUCAUUCUAAAUGGUUUACUGAUCCUGUUACUGGUGUAAACACAAAUACAAUUGAAGGAGUUUGGAAUGGUGUUAAAUUACAAAUUGCUCCACGGCAAACUUAUUCUAUAAUAUAUUUCUUAUUAAUACCUUCAUUGUUAAAAAUUUCUGACUCUAAUAAAUUUACAAAUUUCAUAAACACUUCAGUGGUAGUAGUUGGGGUUGACUGA